AUGUCUAUGUAUCGAUAUUUGCUAGGUCUGACAAAACCGAUAUUAAUAAGACCUUAUCGACAACUUUAUACUAGGUUUUCGGACAUUAAAACCGUGAAUACAAUUCGACUGCAUGUCAGACGGAACUUCCGGUCUUACGCCUCUUUCAGUUUAUGUGCAGCAGGUGUUGCCGCUGCAUUUUCGAUCCCAUCCCAAAUCAAAGACGGUUUGACCUUUGAAGAAUCAUUGCAAUCACUAUCCGGCCUUGAGGCGGCAGUAAGGAAGCCAGAUUUAAGUGUACCAGCGAAUACAUUCACCCUAAAAACCCUAUGUUCUCUCAUUCUUUCCGACCUAACAUAUUUGGUUUUUGCGGUUCUGGGUGCAUUUGGUGCAGCUUAUUACAAUAUUCGUAUUCCUAUACUGUUGGGCGAUCUUAUUAAUGUCCUUGCCCAAUUCGCACAUCCCCACUCCAUUCCAGCGUCUGCCCUCAGGUCACCUGCUCUUCGCCUCUGUGGAGUUUUUUCACUUCAGUCACUAUGCACAUUUGCGUAUAUUGGCUUCCUGGCAACUGUAGGUGAGCGUAUUGCUUGUCGUUUGCGGAAUAUGCUCUUUGAGCAUGUAAUAUACCAGAAAGUGCGCUUUUUCGAUGAAAGGACCUCUGGUUGGAUUAUUGAAAGAAUAACAGCUGAUGUACAAGACUUCAAGAGCUCUUUCAAAUUUUGUAUUUCUCAAGGUCUUCGUAGUGGAGCCCAGAUCAUUGGAUCGGGUAUUGCCAUGUACAUGAUAUCACCAACACUAACCGCCGCUCUAAUGGGAUGUCUUCCACUUGUAUUCUUCGUUGGCGGCCUAAUCGGUAACCAACUGCGUCGCAUGAGUCAUGUUGCUCAUGACAAGAGUAAUGCAACCACCGAAAUUUCAACGGAGGCCUUCACUCACAUUCGCUCCGUCAAGUCACUGGCAAUGGAAGAUCAAAUGGUGGAGCGGUAUCGCCAGGGAACGAGCGAGGCAUGUCGGUUACACGAAAACCUGGGCUAUGGAAUUGGGUGCUUUCAAGGCCUAUCCAACUUCGCAGUGAACGGAUUGGUGCUGGGAGUGCUCUACUUGGGAGGCAACCUAAUAAAUCGAGGCGACAUGGAUGCUGGUCAACUCAUGGCUUUUCUGGUGGCCGCACAAGCUGUCCAUCGAUCUCUCACCCAAAUCUCCCUCCUCUUCGGCCAGGUUAUCCGAGGCAGCUCGGCUGCUGCGCGCAUCUCUGAGCUCCUCUCCUAUCCCCCCACCAGUGAGGCGCUAGCCUACAAAAGUGGUCUUUGCAGGCUCCCUUCGGUAGCCACCACAGACUCCGCUCCUGUGAUCCGCUUUGAAAAUGUCACCUUCAGCUACCCCAAUCGCCCCGAGGCUAUGGUGUUUAAUGAUCUCAGCUUUGAAAUUCCUGCUGGCAAAGUGGUUGCACUUGUGGGUGAAUCCGGUGCAGGUAAAUCGACGGUAUUGGCUCUGCUGGAGCGCUUCUACGAGCCCCUUUCGGGUCGCAUUACUCUCGAUGGAGUGGACAUUCGCGCCUUUAGUCUGAUGGAGCUGCGCGGUCGCCUAUUGGGCUACAUCAGCCAGGAGCCCGAGAUCUUCCAUACCACUGUGCGGGAUAACAUCCUUUGUGCCCGUCCCACAGCCACGAAGGCCGAAAUUUUAGCUGCGGCGUUGGUUGCACAGGUAGAUGCCUUUGUACGAGAUCAUCUUCCCAAGGCCUAUGACAGUAUAGUGGGUGGUGGCUCCAGCUCCAGCUCUGCGGGUCUCAGUGGGGGCCAGCGACAGCGCCUGGUGAUUGCGCGUGCAAUUCUCAAGAAUGCCCCUAUUCUGCUGCUUGAUGAGGCCACUUCAGCACUGGAUGCAGAGUCAGAAUUUCAGGUGCAGUCGGCACUGCAAAAUGCCAUGCAGGGCAGGACCGUUUUAAUAGUCGCGCAUCGACUGAGCACAAUCCGUUGCGCCGAUGUCAUCAUUGUUAUGCAUAAGGGUCGUAUUGUCGAGCAAGGAACUCAUGAGGAGCUGAUCAAAAGAAGGGGCCGCUACUACAAGCUUCUGCAACGCCAAGGCAAGGAUAAUUAA